AUGCCUUCCAACCAAGACCAGAAGAACGAGGGCGAGAAGGAGUUCAGCAUCCAGCCCAUCAAGGAGCAGGGUCAGGACCCCAAGUUCGCUCCAUUCAACGCCCACCCCGGCCCUGCCAAGCCCCAGAACAUGCCCGAGCAGGAGGGCUCAAAGGAGGACCGUCAGGCCAAGAAGGAAGCCUUGAACAAAUAA